AUGUCUACAACAACAGAUACUGGAUCAUCUAAAGUGAUUCAACCUAAGUGGUACAAUCCAAAAUAUUUACAAGCAUCAAAUGUAGAUUCACACACUCCUGUCUUAAAACUGUACAAUACUUUAACUCGUAAUAAAGAAAUAUUUAUUCCUUUAUCUGGCGGUAAAAAAGUGACAUGGUACUGUUGUGGCCCCACUGUUUAUGAUUCAUCCCAUAUGGGUCAUGCCAGAAACUAUGUCUCUACCGAUAUCAAUAGACGUAUCAUGCAAAACUAUUUUGGAUAUGAUGUUAAAUUUGUUCAAAAUGUUACUGAUAUCGAUGAUAAAAUUAUUAUUAGAGCUAGACAAAAUUACUUGUUUGAAAAAUUUGUUGAACAACAACAUGAUACUAUUUCGCCUGAUGUUAUUACGAAAGUUAUGACCAGUUUAUUAUCAUUUAUUUCUAAAAAUUUAAAACUUACUGGCAUAGACACUAUUGAAAAAUAUGAACAAUGGUUUUCCAGUAUUGACUUUGAAAAGGAAAAAUUAGCCAAUCCAAAGUUCCCUAUGUAUACCACAUCCAUUCAAAAUGCUAUCACCGGUUUGAGGACAAAAAAUGAGGACCCCACAACUUUUUAUCCAUUAAUUAAAGAUAUCUUUGUUCCAACUUUAGAUGCGGAAUUAGGCUCCGAAAUUAAUGAUCCGGAAAUUUUCCGUAAACUUCCACGUUAUUGGGAAAAUGAGUUUAACAAAGACAUGAAGGCCUUGAAUGUUUUACCACCAAAUGUUACUACUCGGGUGAGCGAAUACAUUCCAGAAAUUAUUGAAUAUGUCCAGGCUAUAAUUAAGAAUGGUUACGCUUAUGCCACUACUGAUGGCAGUGUUUAUUUUGACACUUUCAAGUUUGAUACCUCUGAAAAACACGAUUACGCCAAAUGUCAACCAUGGAACAAGGGUAAAUUAGAUUUAAUUAACGAUGCUGAGGGGUCUUUGACCUCCACCACAAUUUCUAAAAAAUCACCUAACGAUUUUGCCUUGUGGAAAGCUAGCAAACCCGGUGAACCAAAAUGGAAGUCUCCCUGGGGGGAAGGUAGACCAGGUUGGCAUAUCGAAUGUAGUGUGAUGGCUAGCGACAUAUUUGGCUCUACGAUGGAUAUUCACAGCGGUGGUAUUGAUUUGGCUUUCCCCCACCACGAUAACGAAUUAGCUCAAAGUGAAGCCAGAUAUGACAAUUGCCAAUGGGUUGACUACUUUUUACAUACGGGACACUUGCACAUUGAAGGUCAGAAAAUGUCUAAAAGUUUGAAAAAUUUUAUCACCAUUCAAGAAGCUUUGAAAACUUAUUCAUCGAGGCAAUUACGUUUGUGUUUUUGCUUGGUUCAAUGGAACAAUCAACUGGAUUUCAAAAGCAGUCUAGUUAAUGAGGCUAAAGGUUGCGAAACCACUUUUAACAAUUUUUUUAAGAAUGUGAGGGCCUUGUACAAUGACUACAAACACAAUGUUGAUAACGGUAAAUUUAUAUCUAAAAAACUUGGUUCUUCUGAAAAGGAACUAUUGAAAAAUCUAGAGUUUGCUCAAGAACAAGUUUAUUCAUUGUUCUGUGAUAAUUUGAACACACCCGGUGUUUUGAAAGUUUUGUUGGAAUUGAUAUCUAAAACAAACAGUUAUAUUUCUUAUAUUGGUGCAGACUUGAGAAUUGAGCCUGUUUUGGAUAUUGUCAACUACAUCACUGAUAUUUUAAGUGUUCUUGGAUUCCCAUCCCGCCAAGACAAUUUAGGUUGGGAAAAUGUUGAGAGCAAUACCAUGAGUGACUCCAACUCUUUAUCGUCUGUAGAGGAUAUUGCUUUGAAAUAUGUCAAGGCAUUAAGUCAAUUUAGGGAUGAGGUGCGCCAAUUUUCCAUUGAUAAAAAACCAUAUGCAGAAUUUUUAAAUUUAACUGAUAAAGUGCGUGAUGUGGAUUUAUUACAAUUAAACGUUUCUUUGGAUGAUAGGGGAGAUGAACAAGGUGCUUUGAUUAAGUUUUUAACUGAUGAUGAAAAGUUGGAAUUGAUGAAAAUAAUUGAAGAGAGGGAGGAAAGGAAACGUGAGAAAGAAUUGAAAAAGCAAGAACAGGCCAGGCUGAGAAAAAUUGAGGAACAGAAGAAAAAGGAAAAAGCGGCUAUUAAACCACAGGAUAUGUUUAAAGACACUAACUUGUAUUCUGCUUGGGAUGAAGAUGGGAUUCCAUUGAAAAAUAAAGAAGGUGAAGAUUUAAGUAAGAGUGUUAUUAAAAAAUUAAAAAAACAAUGGGCAGCUCAAGAUAAAUUACAUAAGCAAUAUUUUGGUUGA